UGGUCUUGUUUUGUAAAGUGAAGUCCAUCCACCUCACCCACAUACAGCCACGACAAUGAGAUAAAUGUUAGCAAGUAUUUGGAACCACAAGUCCCCUGCUCCAAGGCCAUGCAUUCAAUCUUUUCUGUUUGCUAAAAAAAAAAGCCCAACAAUUAAUAAAGUCUGUCACUGCAAGACCAUCAAUUAAAUUUGUGGAUUAAAAGCAACAAUCACCAUGUCCACAGCUCCAAGAAACAACCCAUCUCUCUGUUCAUCUCCACCAUUGCCAAGAUCAAGAAACAAGCUCAAUUCUUUGGCAUCACUUUCUAGUUCUACUAGUGCUGCUAAAAAUACCCAGUUCAAGGCUCUCAGCAUUUCAACUUGUUUCUGUCAAAAAGCUCAUUUGAUAAAAGCUAGUGUUUGGAGAGUGAGAGCAGUGGAUGAGACAAAGACUACAGAGUCAUCAGAGGGUGAGGAGAAGAAAGAAGAGUAUGAAGAGUAUGAGGUGGAGAUAGUGCAGCCAUAUGGGCUUAAAUUUGUCAAAGGGAGAGAUGGUGGGACUUAUAUUGAUGCUAUUGCCCCUGGGGGAUUUGCUGACCAGACUAAAAUGUUUACUGUUGGAGAUAAAGUCCUUGCUACCAGUGCAGUUUUUGGAACAGAAAUGUGGCCUGCAGCUGAAUAUGGAAGGACAAUGUAUACCAUUCGGCAGAGAAUUGGUCCUUUACUGAUGAAGAUGCAGAAGAGAUAUGGUAAGAUUGAGACUGUUGGUGACCUUACAGAAAAAGAAAUUAUUAGAGCUGAGAGAAACUCUGGUGUUGUUAGUAGCAAAGUGAGGGAAAUCCAGAUGCAAAAUUACAUAAGGAAAAAAGAGCAGAAAGAACAGAGAGAAAGAGAACUUCGUGAAGGACUACAGUUAUACAAGAUUGGCAAAUAUGAAGAAGCACUGGAGAAAUUUGAGUCAGUUUUGGGAUCAAAACCAGAAUAUAACGAAGCCUCAGUAGCAAGUUAUAAUGUUGCUUGCUGUUACUCCAAACUUAAUCAGAUACAAGCUGGACUAUCUGCUCUUGAAGAUGCCCUGAAAUCAGGAUUUGAAGACUUCAAGAGAAUCCGAACUGACCCUGAUCUAGAGAACGUGAGGAAAUCAGAAGAUUUUGAUCCUCUUCUAAAAAGGUUUGAUGAAUCAUUUAUCAAUGAAAAUGCCAUCAAUGCUAUUAAAUCUCUGUUCGGAUUUGGUAAGAAAUAGAGUCACAAAGCAUUUCAAUAGUUUAUUCUCUGUCUGGGCUCACAAAUGGAUGGACAUAUUGGUUCCCAGCUUUAUUUUAUAUCUUGAAAUCAAAAGCUGCAUCAUCCGGUUUUGUUGAUACUUGAGUUCACCGCAAGCUUUUGCUCAAAAUUUUCUUCUGUGAUUUUACUUAGUUCAAUUCUUACGCAGUCAAAUGUUAUAUUUGUAUUUAUACUAUAUUUAUACUGGGAGUAGAGUUCACUCUAUACUUGUAAUGAUAUUGUGUUCUAACUAUAUCUCAAUUCUCAAGCAUGAGGGCAAUAUGUAAAAGUUCUUUUAGAUAAGAAAUUAUACUGCGUGAAACUGAAUUACAAAUGGUGUACUACACCAAAUAUAUAUGAGUGAAACUCAGACAUUGUGGUGUUGGUUUUAUGAA